CCAGGCGCCCACUACUACUAGUGUGUAUAUAAGCUUUACCAUACGUUUCCACCUGAAGUCAACAACAAACUCAUUCAGUCUUUGAUGGGAUACCAGACACACCAAUACUAGACAAGGACAAGCACAUACAAAUUGGCUGAGGAAGAAGAAAAUGGUGAUGAAGAUGAAGAGCGUUCGUGUGAUCAUAAACUGUAUAUUCCUAGCAAUUGGAAGCUGUGGAGGCCCUCUAAUGUUGCGUCUCUACUUCCACAACGGUGGCGAAAGGAUCUGGUUUUCUAGCUUCCUCCAAACUGUAGGUUGUCCUCUUAUCCUCUUCCCUCUUCUCUUUUCCUUCCUUAGCCGUCGUCGCCUUGAAGAACAAGAAAAGACUUCACUUUUCCUCAUGAAACCUCCUCUCUUCAUCGCCUCUGUCGUCGUUGGUCUGCUCAUGGGCUUUGACAAUUACCUCUACUCUUACGGACUAGCUUAUAUCCCUGUUUCAACUGCGUCUCUGAUCAUUUCCGCGCAGUUAGGCUUCACUGCUCUCUUUGCCUUUUUCAUGGUGAAGCAAAAGUUCACACCUUUCACUAUAAACGCCAUCGUUUUGCUCACUGUUGGUGCCGUAGUCCUUGCCUUUAACUCUGAUAGUGACAAGCUUGCGAACGAGACACACAAGGAGUACGUUGUUGGGUUCCUCAUGACCGCUGGUGCAGCUCUUCUCUACGCGUUUAUAUUGCCCCUCGUGGAGCUUGCUUACAAGAAAUCUCGUCAACGAGUCACGUAUACGCUCGUGCUCGAGUUCCAGAUGGUCUUGUGCUUUGUUGCUACUUGCUUCUGCCUCGUGGGGAUGCUAGCUUCUGGUGAUUUCAAGGUGAUAGCAAGAGAGGCAAGAGAGGCAAGAGACUUUAAGCUUGGAGAGUCUUUGUACUAUGUGGUGGUUGUGUUCACGGCCGUGAUCUGGCAAGCGUUUUUCGUGGGAGCUAUUGGGUUGAUCUUCUGUGUAUCGUCUCUGGUCUCUGGAAUUAUGGUUAGUGCUCUGCUUCCGGUGACGGUGGUCUUGGCUGUCAUUUGCUUCCAGGAGAAGUUUCAGGCGGGGAAAGGUGUUGCUUUGGCUCUCUCCCUCUGGGGAUCCGUCUCUUACUUCUAUGGACAGAUUAAAUCCGAGGAGAAGACCAAGGCUCAGGAGACGCAACUGUCUCAGCUUCCAGUUACUGAUUCUGUAACUUAAAAGCAACGUAACAUGUUACAGUUGGUUUUACUAAUGAUGUCUGUAAAAAAAAAACAAAGUCAAUUUCUGAAAUACAACAUCUAUUGAGUUGUGAGUUGCUGCUGAUACAAUAAAAGAUGUAAUUUAUAGAACUUGAGUUGAAAUCUUUUAAGCAAAUGUCAUUUGACGAACUGGUCCAGUAUUA